UUUCUUCAGUUGACCCAUUUUAUUUUGGAAUUAAAGCUUUUAUUGUGAGGGACGUGCCCCGGAAAUAGUGUGCUCUGUGAAGAGAAACAAGAACAAGUAAAAGGAAAGCGUCAUUUAGUUAACUUUUGGAUCGUCUCUCCACCACACUUCCCUCUCUUCUUCACAAAGGUCCAAAAAAAAAAGAAAAGAAAAAUAUGGCAUCAUGCAGUGAGGAAGAGCAGCGUCUCAGAGAGUGUGAGCAGUAUGUCCAGAAGCACAACAUCCAGCAGCUGCUCAAAGACUGCAUCAUUCAACUUUGCACAUCCCGCCCUGACCGGCCCAUGGCCUUCCUCAGGGACUACUUUGACAGACUGGAGAAGGAGGAGACCCAGCAGUUGACGCUGCAGCAGAAGUCUGGUACGCUACGGUUAGACUCUCAUGAGGAUGAGGUGUCUCCACCUGUGAACCCUGUAGUGAGGGGUCGGAGCCGAAGAGGGGCUAUCAGUGCAGAGGUUUACACUGAGGAAGACGCUGCCUCCUACGUCAGAAAAGUCAUCCCCAAAGACUAUAAGACCAUGGCUGCCCUGGCAAAAGCCAUGGAGAAAAACGUAUUGUUUGCACAUUUAGACGAUAAUGAGAGGAGUGACAUCUUUGAUGCAAUGUUUUCUGUCAACUACAUUGCAGGAGAAACAGUCAUCCAACAAGGUGAUGAGGGAGAUAACUUCUACGUGAUCGACCAGGGAGAAAUGGAUGUGUAUGUGAACAGUGAGUGGGUGACGAGUAUUGGUGAGGGAGGCAGUUUUGGGGAGCUCGCUCUGAUCUAUGGGACCCCACGAGCAGCCACGGUUCGAUCCAGGACCAACGUGAAACUGUGGGGCAUUGACAGAGACAGCUACAGGAGGAUACUGAUGGGGAGCACUUUGAGGAAGCGCAAGAUGUAUGAGGAGUUCCUCAGCAAGGUGUCCAUUUUAGAGUCUCUGGAUAAGUGGGAGCGUCUCACGGUGGCCGAUGCUCUAGAGACUGUGCAGUUUGAGGACGGACAGAAAAUUGUGGUGCAGGGAGAGCCUGGAGAUGAGUUUUUCAUCAUCUUGGAGGGGACAGCUGCUGUCCUUCAGAGGCGUUCAGAGGCUGAGGAGUUUGUGGAGGUUGGACAACUCGGACCAUCAGAUUAUUUUGGUGAGAUUGCCUUGCUGAUGAACCGGCCCCGGGCAGCCACCGUGGUUUCACGCGGGCCCCUCAAGUGUGUCAAACUAGACCGGCCGCGCUUUGAGCGAGUGCUCGGCCCCUGCUCGGAUAUCCUGAAGAGGAACAUCGAGCAGUACAACAGCUUCGUUUCGCUGUCUGUCUGAUGCGCCAGCUUCUCUCCACUAGUUAUCCUUAUUUUUCUGCUGCUUUCACAUCCCUUGCAUCACCUGUACAGCCUCUGAAGUUAGUGCACAAUUGAGCUGUCAAACACAGAAGUGAGGUUACAUUCUGAACCUCAGAUACCUGGACGCAAAGUCGGCAGGUAUUUUCAGUGGAUGUUUGGUAGACAUUGAAUGGUGCAUUUAUUCUGGGCUGAUGCUGUUUAUUCUUUUAAAACUAACAAAAAACUGUCAUCGGACUUUUGUUGGGGGAAGUGAGAGGAUGCUAACUCCCAGAUUCAUCAUCUCUGUAGCAAUCUACACCUGUAUUUUUGUCAUUUUAGAUAAGAGAAUGUGUUUAUCAAAUCCCAAUGGGAAUCUGUAAGCAAUCUGACUGUGACUUCACACUGUGACACUGGCUGUUAGCAUUCUCAGUCAGUUUCAGUGUAGUUUAUUGUCACUGCCAUAAAGACAAAAAGAUGACGUUGAACCACCCAACAAUUAGCAUCACACUCCCCAGUGCCCAGCCAGUGCAAAAGCUAAUCCAUAAAGUGCUCCUGCUUUAUUUUUUGGAAGUUUGUUUUCAGUGGAGCUGAGACUGAAGCAGGAAACAGCUCUUCAUCUCUAGACUUCAAAACACAUUUUGAGUCCAUUUUAACACAUCAUUCAUAGAAUCCCCAAUUCACUAUCUAAAUUGAUUAGCAUGUGUGCUUUGUAACAUCACUAAUGUCACUAAACUUAUAAUAUCCAUAUAUUUGAAACUGUAUGACCCCAUGUCUUUACUGUUACUGUGCUACAGAAUGUGUUUUCCAAUACUAACCAUUAAGAGUAAAUGAACUGGUGGUAAAGUGUCCAUUUUUCUCUACAUGUUUGAUGGUGUGAAUGCACAGUCGUGUGUUGACAGAUGAAUUUAUGCAGACUUUGUAUGAUUUAAAUUUUUGAACCAUUCACCAAAGGCAGUAUUUUCUGUUACAUAUUUAUUCUCUUACAGAGAUGCCUUCCUUAAGGAUUUACCUGGUCAUGAACUUUCUGAACUUUUGCGUUUGCAUGUCUGAAACAGAUAUGAUGGGGAAAAGACAAGGUAGUGAUCCUUUUUGUCUUGUCCUUCAUCGUUUUUGGGUGUUCCACCUCUGUUAGAGUUUUUUAUAUACACUGUUC